GUCAAGCUAGGAGCUGGGUUUUGCUCAUUGUGAACAUAUGAAAUAGAAAUGGCGGACAAUAAGGAUGGAAGAUUUCCUCCUCCUGUAAAAGGCUAUCGUCCAAGAUGUUUUUUUGAUCUACAAAUAAACAGAGUAGAUGCGGGGAGAAUCGUUUUUGAGUUAUUUGCUGAUAUCUGCCCCAAAACAUGUGAAAACUUUCGGGCGUUGUGCACAGGUGAAAAAGGAGAAGGCAAAUCUACCCUUAAAUCAUUGCAUUACAAGAACACGCCAUUUCAUCGCAUUGUUGAAAAUUUUAUCAUUCAAGGUGGAGAUUUCAGUGCAGGUGAUGGUACAGGAGGUGAAUCUAUAUAUGGUGGAACUUUCAAAGAUGAAAAUUUUACGCUCAAGCAUGAUCGACCAUUCUUGUUGUCGAUGGCAAAUCGUGGAGCUAACACAAAUGGAUCUCAGUUCUUUAUAACUUUGGCACCAGCCCCUCAUUUGGACAAUGUCCACACAGUAUUCGGCCAUGUUCUAUCUGGUCAGGAGAUUAUCCGUGAUGUCGAAAACCAGAAAGUAAAUGACGACCACAAACCAUACGCCGACAUUCGUGUACACCAUUGUGGUGAACUGGUAAAGAAGUCUAAGGUUGCCAGCAAAAAGGAGGGCACGAAAAAAGCUACAAAAAAGAAGCAUUCUUCUAGUGAUUCGUCAAGCUCGUCCAGUAGUGAAGACGAAAAAGAAAAAAAAGAAAAGAAGAAGAAGAAGAAGAAGUCAAGCAAGGACAAACAAAAGGAAGAGCAAGUCAAAGAAACAGAACAGACGGAGAAUAAUGUUCACGCUGCAGAAGAUCUAAACUUUAUUCCGACGGUGCCAAAUUCGUUUUUGAUGCGACGUAGCAAAACACCCAGUCCCAUCAGAGAAAGACGGAUAAAGGAAGGAACGCAAGGAAGAAACAGGAACAAGCCUGCCCCGAUGAGAAACAGAGUGAAUAUGGUGUCAAAAUCUGGGAAAAAGUUAAGAGGCCGUGGUGUGAUGCGUUAUCGUACGCCAACCCCCGAAUCGUCGGAAAAUGAAGAGUCUGAAGAAACUAAUCAGAAUCACUUAGACGGAAACACCGAUAAAAAUACUGAAGAACGCGAUAAAGAAGACGCAAUUAAAAAAACAGAUAGUAGAAUUAAAGCAAGGAGAACUCAUUCAAGAUCCCGCUCCCGAAACCGUCGUCGCUCUGGAUCGUGCAAUAGGCGCCGCUCGAGAUCAAAAUCACGUGAUCGAAGAAGAUCUCGCUCGCAUGGCAAAGGACGGUCAAGAAGUCGGUCUCCAAGAAGACGCCGCUCCCGUUCUCGAUCCCGUGGCCACAGACGUUCCAGAUCCCGUGAACGAAGACGUUCAAGAACUAGAUCUCGAAGUCGUAGGCGGUCAAGGUCUAGAGAUCGAAGACGUAGAUCAAGGUCUGGAAACAGAUACCGCAGAAGUCCAAGGCGACGUUCAAGAUCCAAUGAUCGAUCCUACAGAAGGCGAUCUCCUCGUCGGUCUUCAAGAGAACGAGCCGGGAAGUUUGACCGACAUCGCUCUAAAAGUGGGAGUGGUUCGGACUCCUCACUUGAGCGUAGAGGCAGGGAGAACAAGGAGAAAGGCGAAAAUCUAAACGUUGCAAAGCCCGAUAACAGUGGUGCCAGUACUCUACAAAAACAGAUUGAACAGGCAAAGCAAUUUGCAGAACAGGCCAUACUGAAAAGCCAAUCUUCGGACAAGGAUACCGUUUUUAAAACAUUUCCAGCGCCAUCUGUUAACGACACUCAACCUAUUACAUAUAACCAUUUAAGUGAAAACCGAAACCAACCAAACAAUUUUCAAGAAGUAUUUGACAACACUGCGCAACCAAUAGACUUUCAAACAUAUCCUUCUUAUAACCAAAACUCCGUUGUUGAGAACCAAAGUUUUAUUCAAUCGACAGAUAAUCAGGACCGAAUAAUGGAUGAACCAAUGGCAUUGGGUUCUCCAGUAAAUGAUGGCGCCACUGACUUAAUACGAAUAGAUGAGAUCCCUUUACCAGAUCCUGACAGUGCUGCUCCACCUGAAGAUACUGCGCAAAAACAACCCUCUCCUCCACCUCUGCCAUCUGAUUGCCAACCUGAAAACGAGGAAAAGUCAAGCACGUUUCUUACCGGAAUGUCUGCAGAUGCAAAUCAGCCUGGAAUUUAUGGGGAUGAUUUUAUUGCAACUAGCAUCGAAGAAGAGCACAUCACAGACAAUCUGCGAACUGAAACUAAGCAGACAAGCAAUACGAAGGAGAGCAAUAACGACGACGAGGGGAAGGACCAAAGAGACGACGAUAUUUAUGCAGAUCUGCUGUUAAAUACAGAAAGGGUUGCUGGAGAGCAAAAAUCGCCUAGGACGAGUGUAAAUAAAACAGGCCCUACUGAGGAGAGUAUCGAAAAGAAAAAUUCAGAUGGCCACGAAAUUGAUGAUGAGCCGGACGAUGCAGUAGAUCGUAAGAAGAAAAAGAAAAAGAAGAAAUCGAUUAGGGCGUUUUCAGAAGAUGAUACUAGUGACAAUAAAUCUAAAUCUCGACAUAAGGAUCGGCGUCACAAGAAGAAGCGCCGUCGUCGAUACAGCGAAAGUGCGUCCGGUGUUAGUUCCAGCGAAGGUGACGAGGAGGAGUCGGACGACAGCAUGGUGGAAGCUGAUCGAGACCGUUCAAAGAAGCAGAAGAAGAAACAUAAGCACCGAAAGCGCGAAUCUAGUAGCGACCCAUCCGAAGACGACAGGAAGAAGCGAAAAAAGAAGCAUAAGCAUAAGGAUUCAGAUUACGACGACGAAGGAAGCAGUUCCGAGAAGAAAAGUAGGCGAAAAAGUAAGCGCAAGCGAAGGAGUACUUCGCAUAGUUCAAGCGAAUUUUCUGAGGGAGAAUAUUCGUCUGAUGAAAUUAAAGCAAAAGCAAAGAAGAAGAAGGAUCGAAAGAAACAUAAAAAGAAGUUGACGACGUAGAAACGCAUCUCUUCUCGCAGGACUGGAUGUAUGAUUUUUUAAGUUCUUCCACACAAACUCCCCCCUCCCACCCCCACUCCCUCUAAUCGUUCUUGUGGAUUGGGUGCGUUAUUUGGUUUGUUUUUAUAAAUCUGGAAGCAGUAGUUUCCUGCAGUCCAUUAUAUCAAAAAUUCAUCUGGUGGCAAAAAAUGCAAAUUUUGCGAUAUUUAAGUUUUCUGACUUAUUUUCACACUAUUUCCAGUAGGAGACCAAACAUAUUUCCGGGGGUAAUUUGAAGCUCGAAGAGCAUCUUUUUUAAUGCAACACGUGUAGAUUUAUUUUUAGAAAAUUUAGCAGUGCAAA